UCUUCUUCUUCUUCUUCAUUCUCUGGAGAAAAUAGUUAACUCCUCGGCCCUCUUCUCUCUCUCUCUGUUGCAGACAGUUGGUCAUGAAUCCCCUCUCCAUGUCUACACUCGUUAAACCUCCCUCUUUCCUCUUACCUCACACCUCUAGUGCAUCCCUUAAGCUUCGCACCUCUCGAUGCAAAUCCCCUCCUCAAGAAAUCCAAGUCCGCAUUUCCUCUUCCUCUUCUGUGACUAGUUCUCAGGAAUUCCGCCCCAAGGCCCUAGAUAACGUCGAUACAUCAGGUUUUAGCUUUGAUCUUAAACCAUCUUAUCCUCUACACCCAUCUUAUGUUGCUCCACAGACGCAGGAGACUGCCAUGAGAGGUGCGGCAUCCGAUGUGAUGGGAUUGUUGCUGAAGGAGAGGAUUGUAUUCUUGGGCAAUAGCAUCGAUGACUUCGUUGCCGAUGCAAUUAUAAGCCAGUUGUUGCUGUUGGAUGCUCAAGAUUCCACCAAGGAUAUUCGGCUCUUCAUUAACUCUCCCGGUGGCUCUCUGAGUGCAACAAUGGCUAUUUACGAUGUGGUGCAGCUUGUGAGGGCAGAUGUUUCCACUGUUGCACUUGGUAUUGCAGCAUCAACAGCUUCUAUUAUCCUUGGUGGCGGCACAAAAGGCAAACGUCUUGCGAUGCCUAACACACGGAUAAUGCUUCAUCAACCUCUUGGAGGUGCUAGUGGGCAAGCAAUAGAUGUGGAAAUUCAGGCCCGAGAAAUAAUGCAUAAUAAGAACAAUAUUACAACAAUUAUUUCUGGCUUCACUGGUCGAACAUUUGAACAAGUCCAGAAAGAUAUUGAUAGGGAUCGUUACAUGUCUCCAAUUGAAGCUGUUGAAUAUGGAAUUAUAGAUGGAGUUAUUGAUAAAGACAGCAUUAUACCACUUGUGCCUGUGCCAGAAAAGGUUAAAUCAAGACUGAACUAUGAGGAAAUAAGUAAAGACCCCAAAAAAUUCUUGACGCCAGAUAUUCCUGAUGAUGAGAUAUACUAGAUUGAGGGCAUUUGAUACAGAGAAUAUGCACCAUCUUUUGUUAAACAAGCAUCAAGAUGCAGUGUCCAUCUUGCUUGCUUGCAGAGGAUGUUGGAUGGAUUUCAACCUUUAUCCUUUGAGCAAGGUUGUUUCUCUCUCUUAUAGUCAGUCACUCAGGUAGAGAAAAACUCAUGAGGAACCGCCUGGAGAGCAACAAGUUUUAAUCUGUCUUGAUUGUUAACAAGCAGUUACGGACACUGGGACCUAGUCAGUAUACCUCCGUUUACUGAUCAUGUUAAACAUGACAGCAUACUACAAUAUGGCUGAAAACAAUUGGAAACAGAUUUUUCGCAAGAAUCUCACUUUUCUUUUUUUCUUUAUAGGGGUAGGAUGAGCUUUGAACUGAGCACUCUUUGACUGCCUUAGACACUCGCAGGCUAUAGAUAUACACCUUAACACUGUUGCAGGUAAUCAAAUUAAUGUGGGACUUGUUUUGAUCUUCA